CUGUCGGUGUAGUGAAACACUUGAUUUCUGUUUCUGAUGGUAGGGCAUUAGAGCUUCCCAUGGAAGUGACAGACAACGAGUGGGAAAUAAUUCAUUACCCAAGAAGCUCUUUUGUGUUAGGAAGGUCUGGCACUGGAAAGACCUUGGUGUUAGUCACGAAACUAUUUCAGAAAGAACAACUAUAUCACAUGGCUUUGGGUGGUUCUGAUGAGGUACAUGGCGAUGCUUCCUUGUGUGAUGACCCAUCAAUUAAGCUUGAGGGUAGAAGCGCUAUUCUGCGACAACUGUUUGUAACAGUUAAUCCGAACUUGUGCCAUACAGUAAAACAACACAUCUCCAAUCUUCAAAGCACUGUUCGUGGAGAAAUCUUGAAUAAGGAAACCUGCAUCCAAGUUUAUGAUGAGACGCAACUAUUUGAAGAUAUUCCUCACUCUUUCUGGGAGAUCCCUGCUGAGUCAUAUCCUCUUGUGAUAUCUCUCAAGAAGUUCCUGCUCAUGCUGGAUGGUACAAUAGGUACCUCAUAUUUCCAUAGAUUUGUGAAAACUAGACAAACUUGUAGCUUAAAAUCAGUUGAGCUGCAAAUGAUGGAAAGGAAAGAAGUAAGCUUUGAUAAGUUUAGUGUCUCAUACUGGCCUCACUUCAAUUCGACUCUUACAAAGGAUCUUGAUCCUUCAAGAGUUUUCACUGAAAUACUCUCUUGUAUAAAAGGUGGAAUAAAAGUUGAACAGGGUAGACUCACUUUAGACAGUUAUAUUCAAUUGUCUGACUGCAAAAAGUCAAGCUUAAGUAGGAACGAGAGGGAGGCCAUAUAUGGUAUAUUCUUGUGCUAUGAGAAGAUGAAGCUUACAAGAGGUGAGUAUGAUUUGUCUGAUGUAGUGAAUGAUCUUCAUCAUCGGUUCAGCCAUCAAAGGUAUGAAGGUGAUGCCUUGGAUUUUGUGUAUAUAGAUGAAGUUCAAGAUUGGACUGUGCGGCAACUUUCUCUUUUAAAAUAUGUUUGCAAGAAUGUCAAAGAAGGUUAUGUGUUUGCUGGUGAUACAGCUCAAACAAUUGCCCAAGGUGUAGAUUUUAGUUUUGAUGAGAUCAGAAGCUUUUUCUAUGUCAAUUUUCUCCAAGGCCCGUGUGUGAAAACUAGUAAACAGGAUCAAGGAAACAUCUGCCCAAUUUUUGUGCUGAAUCAAAACUUUCGAUCCCAUGCUGGGAUUUUAAAGUUAGCUCACAGUGUCAUCAAACUUAUCUACCAUUUCUUUCCAUACUCAAUUGAUAAGGUUAAUCCAGAGAAUACUGUCAUUUUUGGAGCUGAACAAGUUAUUAUUGUACGAGAUGAAAGUGUGAGAAAUGAAAUGCCAAGCCAUGUAAAAGGACAUGCACUUGUGCUCACGGUAUUUGAGUGCAAAGGCUUGGAGUUUAAGCUUAUCCCUGUGACAUGUUUAUCAUCACAGGACGUUCUCUUGUACAACUUCUUUUCAUCAUCACCUAUUAGAGAACAUUGGAGUGUAAUAUAUAAAUAUAUGCAAGAGAAGAACCUUGGCUCAUCAUUUCCACAUUUUCCAAAGUUCAAUCAUGCAAAACAUAGUGGUUUGUGCCAUGAAUUGAAGCAACUAUAUGUGGCCGUCACCCGAGCAAAGGAAAGAUUAUGGAUCUGUGAGAGCCAUGGUAGUCAUGCAGAACCUAUGGCUAAUUACUGGAAAAAAUUGAAUCUGGUCCGAAUUAGACAGUUUGACAAUUCAUUAGCUCAGGAAAUAAUAUUUCCCAGCUCUAAGGAGGAAUGGAAAUCGCAAGGUUUCAAGGUGUCACCAUCAGUGUGUGGUGUUAUCUGA